GGAAAAAAAUGGCGUAGUUUCCUCCCUCUGGGUGAGGAGAAGUAGCGGUGCCGAACGCCCGACAACCGUGUCGAUUUCGAUACCGGUCCGGUUCGGGAAGCAGUCAGUCUCUCUGUUCAUUCCACCGGAUUAACAAGUCAAUUUUCUUAAAGGUACGUUUACGCUAGCAACGAACGCAACCCAGCCUAACAAUGGAUGAUGGUGCUGCAUCCACCGGCGUCAUUGUGAAGAACAAGCCAGGCGCGAAACCGCUUAACAUCGUCGACGACUUCCAGCGUCGUAAGAUGCCUCUCUACAAGCACUGGGUUCGCCCACAAUUCUUGCAGUACAACUACAUGUACGACUACCGCGUCAACUACUACGAUGAUGUCAUCAAUUAUCUGGAUCGACGAUCGCGUGGCGUUGCUUCGGAAAUCCCUCGCCCUCAGACCUGGGCCGAGCGCGUCCUGAGAACUCAGAGAACCACGCCCCGCGACAUCAAUGACGUGUAUAACUACACCAGCAUCGGCCUCAAGAAGGACGACCGGAAGCUUAUGUACACCCUAAGUAAUCAGAUCAAGUCGUACAACUGCCACUCGAAGGCUUACACUAACAGAAAGUACCGCAAGAUCCUCUAAGGCGCGUCGCUUUCGCAUUCUCUCUCUCUCUCCUGAAAACGAGCACAAAGGGGAGCACCGCAACGCUAACCCGAUGCUAAGGAUAACGCUUACUGAAGGCUUUUUUUAUAUUCUCUCAUUUUCUACCCACCAACCCACGGCCACCUAACCAAACAGUAACAGCAAACAAUGGAGGGAAAAAAUCGGAAAAAAAUCGAAAAAAAAUCGAAGAGUAACAAGAUUGUGAAAAGAUAAAAGAAAACUAUCUCCUCCUGAAAACAAAUAACAGAACUGUGCCUGUGAAAAUUCAUAUAAAAAUUGUGUAAAAAUGGCAACCUAAACAAAACCGAUCCUAUUCGUACCAUACGUCCUUCACCUUUACCAAACGGUAGAAGAUGCUGUAAGAAGUUGAACUGAGGACGAGUACGUCCUUGUCGCACAACAACACAGAGAGACUCGAACGAAAACGAACGCCCCGCCCUUCCUCAACUCUCCCCUUUUUCGUCCUACCUGAUCGACACUCUCCACGGCGAGAAAUGUCCUUCCUCGCGCCCACUUAGGUUCUCUUUCGAAGUUUGCUGUACGCGUUUGCGGAAAAGGAUGCUAGAAUCCUUGGCAGCACUUGAAGCGGAAGUACAGAGUCCGUGUGAUGCGUUUUUACUAUUUUUUGUACUUACUUUUCUUAAUUCGCUUUGCUUUGACUUAGAUUAAUACACGCUAGGUAGUACUCGGUGUGGACCUGCGAGCACAGCAGAACCGAUCGAGCGCGCGCGUCAACACAUUGAAACCUGUUUAGAUAUCGACCGGCUGGGUCGUUGGUGCUCUAGUGCUCUGAUGCGGCUGAGUGACGUGGUCCAGGAUGUGGAAAAAGGGUUUUCCCAAACGAACGAGUUCACUUUUUUUUUAAAUUAAUUUUCCACUGCCCCGAGCACCACAAUCGGUCCCACGGAGCCCACAGCCCAGCGCCCAGCAAUGCUGUUUUAGUUUGCAGUUAUUUUCGCUUUUGAAAUGAGCCGCUUUCAUUUUCCUCACCCCAACUUUCUGCUUUUCACGUCCAGCGGGUUCCGUUAAUUUGUUUUUCCCGCCUAACAUGUGCAAGUAACUCGCUUUUCCGAGGGUGAUUCCGAAGCUUCCCACUGUUGAUUGUUGUCGGUGUGUACCAUGUUUUUUCGUACGUUUUCUGUUUUCUUCUCUUUCUUCGACCCACCCACCCCAUCGCCCGUUGUGGUGUAGGAAAAAGCCGACCCCUAGUGCGGCUCUACCUGAGCUCGACCUACCGAGGCUGGUGAUCGGUCCACAGGCUGUGAACCGAUCACGCACGUUUUCUUCCAGGCUUCUAUCGCUGCUGCCGGUGGCGAUCGGCGUAUGGCCGCAACGGUCCGCUCGGAAUAAUAGCAGGAAAAUUCACCACCACCGAACAGUCCCAAUGACACUCAACUUUCCCUUUUCCCGACCCAAAGUGAUCAGCACUCGAGCGCUCUGAGAACGAUAAAAUUUCAAUAAACGAAAGUAACUCCGAAACUA